AAAAAACAACAACCGAGAAUCAAGCCACACCUUCAAAGUCAAGCUCACAAUUCAAUAAACGAAUCUCACAAUGCCCUUAUGGAAGACCUAUUUCACCAGCACCAACAAGAUCAGGGACCUUCGAUGUUUACUCACAAAAGUCAAGUAUGAAAACUCUCUAGAUCCGUGAAUGAUGCAAGGCUGAUAUACAUCUCUUUCCAAGUACCUAACAAAGACCUGGUGGAUGAUUAUCUGACAAGGACUUUAAAAGAAAAUGCCUACUCAUCUCAGGCUGUGUCAUUGAACGGAAUGGUCCUCCAGGGAGGCAAAAUCUCUCGACGGCCAGAUACUCCUAUCCCGAUUAUACGAAAUCCAGCGACUCCGGGUGGAUCAUCGUUGAAUGCUCACCGAUUUUCUUCCAACAUGCUUAGCAAUCAGUUUCCGAAAGAAGAAGAGAAGCAGAGUCUGCCGUUUCCAGCCCGUAGUACAACCCCUAACAAAAAAAGACGUACAGCUGGAUUUAGCGAUGAGCUCUAUGACCUUGAUGAAGAUGGUUAUCAAAACCCCAACGAAAACGUUAAGAAAUUCGCUUGCCCUUACUUCCGAAAGAAUCCAGAGCGCCACCUGGAAUGCAUAAACCUAAAGAUGGUCCGCAUCUCCGACGUCAAGCAGCAUUUGAAGAGAAGACAUACAGCGCCUUACCCCUGUCCGAGAUGCUCUGAGGGGUUCUUGUCUCUGAACCUGCAAGAGGAUCAUAUCCUGCAACAGACUUGCUCCCUGGGAUCUGGAGCGAACUGGGAUAGUGUUUCGCUGGCUUCACAGAAAGCCCUCCAGGCUCGCUUUGGAAAGGGCCUUUCACCAGAGGCACAGUGGUACGGAAUUUGGAAAAUUCUGUUUGGAGUACCCCGUACUAUGCCGAAGCCGCAUCUGGACGGCGUCGUUAAAGAGGUUACUGGGAUGCUACGCGGCAUCUGGAUGGAUGAAGGUCGACAACUGAUUUCUGAAUUCGUCCAGGCAAUGGACCAGCCGCCCAGCUACAAUGAUCAACUAUACCAAUUACUUGCGGGGCUUCUUGAUAAAGUUGAGGCUCGCUUUGAACAAAAGCCUUCAGAGAGAAUUUCCAGGAAAGCAUCCCUUGGUUCUGAACGAAGCCCCGAGGGGCCUACCGGAGUGCAGUUGGAUACCAUUUCUCAUCUCACGACAGAGGAUCCAUUUGCAACAGAUGGCAGCCAGCGGUGCGUUCCAUCUUACAAUACUGCGAUCUUGCCUUUCGAUUUCUCAGCUACGGCAUCCGAGGUUUCUGAAAUUUCCUAUCAAGCAUCAGAGUUCAGCUUCACUGGAACGCAGCUACCACAGACUCAGUAUUCUUAUACUGAUAUUCCCAUAUCGGAUUUCCAUCUUUCGGAUUACAGUCAGCAGCAACCUAUUGUCAUGGAUGGAGCUAUGUUGUGAAAUAUGAAUAGCUUUUCAGUUAGUCUAAUUGACGGUAGUACAGGCUUCUCGAGUUGACGUAUUGUUUUUGGUUCUUGAGGAUACUUAAUAUUAAAGUAACAUCUUUGCAACUCUAUAACAUAAACUGAAGUAAAACUAUAGAACUCACUAUGCCUGACUAUAAGUUU